AUGUGUGACAUGGGGGGACUGGAUAACCUGGUGGCUAACACGGCCUACCUAAAAGCCCAAGGUGGUGAUGACAAGGAGAUGAGAAAGCGGCGUCGCAGCUUGUCUCUCCCCAAGCCUGAACAAUGCGCAUCAGUACGAACCUCCAUUGAGAAGGACUUUACGUUGCUUUGUGAAAGGCAGCCUAUUGGCAAAAAGUAUUUCCGUGAGUUCCUGGCAAGUAACGCUGAGUUCAAGCUUGCUGCUGAUUUCCUGGAUGAGCUGUAUGACUGGGACCUGGCUGAAGGUGCAGUCAAGGAAAAGGCACGCCAAAACAUCAUCAAGAAGUAUUGCAAGGCUGAUUCCAAGACCUACCUCUCAUUUCUUACUGGGGAGGUUGCUGACAAAUGCAAGGCUGUGACAGAUGCCAACUUUGAGGAGGUGAUGAAAGGCAAAGUCCAGGAAGGUGUAAGAGAAUUUCUGAAGGGCAACCCCUUCUCAUCUUACCAAGCCAGUCCAUUCUUUGAUAAAUUCCUCCAAUGGAAAGAGUAUGAGAAACAGCCCAUCAGUGACAAAUACUUCUAUGAGUUCAGGACUCUGGGAAAAGGAGGCUUUGGAGAGGUAUGCGCUGUACAGGUGAAGAACACAGGCCAGAUGUAUGCCUGCAAGAAGUUGUGUAAAAAGCGACUGAAGAAGAAGAAUGGCGAGAAGAUGGCCCUGCUAGAGAAGAAGAUCUUGGAGAAGGUUAACAGUCUGUUUCUGGUCAACUUGGCCUACGCUUAUGACAGCAAGACCCACCUGUGCCUUGUCAUGACCCUGAUGAAUGGAGGAGACCUCAAGUACCACAUUUACAACAUAGGCUAUGAUGGCAAGGGUGUGGACAAGGGCAUCGAGAUGAAGCGCAUCAUCCACUACACGGCGCAGAUCACCACCGGCAUUCUGCAUCUGCACGAGAUGGAUAUCGUAUACCGUGAUAUGAAGCCGGAGAACGUGUUGCUGGACAGCCUAGGCCAGUGCCGACUCUCAGAUUUGGGUCUGGCCAUUGAGAUUGUUCCAGGGAAGACCGUCACUCAGAUGGCUGGCACUGGAGCGUACAUGGCCCCUGAGCUCCUGAACAAAACCCCAUACAGGACGUCAGUGGACUGGUGGGCCCUGGGCUGCAGUAUCUAUGAGAUGGUGGCCGGCUACACACCUUUCAAAGGCCCCGAGGCCAAGAAAGAGAAGGUGGAGAAGGAGGAGGUGCAGCGUCGCAUCCUCAAUGAAGAGCCAAAGUGGGAGCACAAGUGCUUUGAUGCCACCACCAAAGACAUCAUCCAGCAGUUCCUGAAGAAGAAAAUAGAAGAGCGCCUGGGCAUGAAGAACAACAUGGAGGAUCCCAGGAAGCACGCCUGGUUCAAGAACAUCAACUUCCCCCGACUGGAGGCCGGGCUGGUGGACCCUCCUUGGGUACCCAAGCCCAAUGUCGUCUACGCCAAGGACACCGGCGACAUUGCAGAGUUCUCUGAGAUCAAGGGCAUCGAGUUUGACGCCAAGGACGACAAAUUCUUCAAGGAGUUUAGCACUGGCGCUGUGCCCAUCCCGUGGCAGCAGGAAAUGAUUGACACUGGACUAUUUGAGGAGCUCAGUGAUCCCAACAGAAAAGAAGGUGGAGGAGAUGUAGAUGAUGAGAAGAAGUCUGGUACAUGUAUAUUGCUGUGA